AUGCGCAUGUACCCGUCAUCAUCACGAAGUGAGGUCGAUGUGAGCACUUCGUCGCAACUACAACUCCCAACUGUGUUCUCCAUCUCUACCACUACCUACCUCCCACCCUCUCACUCCCCCAUCGAGUACCUUCCGAACGGUUAUUCUCCGCCUCCACAGGAUCCUGUGUAUCAACGAAAGAGCUCUGCGCAACUCUACAGUCCACAGGCCAGCAAGUCUAAAAAACGUAUCCAGGCGGUGCCUUGCCAUUCCAAUUCCAUAUGCGCCAACUGCAAAACGACAGAAACCACUCUUUGGAGACGGGCCAAAACCGGCGAAAUUGAAUGCAAGUGA